AUGAAUGGCUGCAGCAAGAGGGCUUCCUGUGCAGCGCUGCGGCCCUCCCUGUCGCUGCUUCCUUAUGGAGCGCAGAUUCAACAUUGGGAGGCUGCAGACGUGCUGAGGCGCAUGCAUACACCCGAAAGCGGAAGCAGCCACAAGCUGCACCCCUGUAUGGACACCUGGAGCACCCACAUGCAGUGCCUGCGCCGAUUUCCGUCUUCGUCAGAUCGGCGUUGCAAAGUUUCUGGAGAGCAGCACGAGCGAUGCCUGAGGGAAAACAAGACGUGGAGGCCUUCUGACUCUCUCAGAGCUUUAAAGCUUCUUGAAUUUUUCAAGGUGUUUGCUGAGACGAAGAGCUUCAAAUAUCCGAAGCCGAACGUUGGAGCCACCAUUGCAGGAGCCGUUGUGGAUUUUCCUGGCCUUCAGAAGAGGCGCGAAAGCGGCGAAAUCGACUACUGCGCAUUCACGGUUGCGUAA